AUGGGGAAACGAACGCAGUCCCCAGCCUAUGUCCUAGGUGUUGGCAUGACCAAGUUCAUCAAACCGCGCGGAAAGGUCGACUACCAUGAGCUGGGCUUCGAGGCUGGUGUCAAAGCUAUGCUGGAUGCCCACAUCACCUAUGACGACGUGGACCAGGGAGUUGCAUGCUACUGCUACGGAGACAGCACCUGCGGCCAGCGAGUCUUCUACCAGUUCGGCCUCACCAAGAUCCCCAUCUACAAUGUCAACAACAACUGCUCUACCGGCUCAACGGGCCUGGCCAUGGCCCGUACCAUGGUCUCGCACGGUGCUGCCGACUGCGUUCUCGUGGUUGGCUUCGAGAAGAUGAGCCCUGGCAGUCUCUCUUCCAAGUUUGAUGACAGAGAGAACCCUACUGGCAAAUUGGGAGAAAUGAUGUUUGCUACCAGAGGAGUCACCAAUGCCCCGGGAGCAGCCCAGAUGUUUGGAAAUGCCGGUGUCGAAUACAUCGAGAAAUACGGUGCAAAAGCCGAAGACUUUGCAGAGAUCGGCCGAAUUAACCACGAACACUCGAAGAGAAACCCAUACUCCCAAUUCCAAACCGAGUACACCCACGAACAAAUCUCCAAAUCGCCCAUGAUCCACUUCCCCUUAACCAAACUCCAGUGCUGCCCAACCUCAGACGGUGGUGCUGCAGCCGUCGUCGUUUCACAGGCGUUCCUCGAUGCUCGACCACACCUCAAGGACCAGGCCAUCCUGAUUGCCGGCCAAUGCCUCGCCACAGACACUCCCUCAGUGUACAACGAAAGCUCCAUAAGCCUCAUGGGCUUCGAAAUGACCCGCUACGCCUGCCAGACCGCCGCUGCUGAAGCCGGAAUUAACGUCAAGGACGUCAAAGUCUGCGAACUACAUGACUGCUUCUCGGCAAACGAAAUGAUCACCAUCGAUGCGCUGGAACUUUGCGAGCCAGGAAAGGCCCACGAAAUGGUGCGAAAGGGUGACAUCACAUACGGCGGGAAGAUGGUCAUAAACCCGUCCGGCGGCCUGAUUUCAAAGGGCCACCCUCUCGGCGCAACCGGAAUUGCCCAAUGUGCGGAGCUAGUCUGGCACCUUCGUGGUUGGGCCAACAACCGCCUGGUCAAGGGCACUGAUGUCGCAUUACAGCAUAAUCUUGGCCUUGGCGGGGCUGUCGUCGUUACGGUGUAUAAGCGGGCAGAUGGUAAGGUAUCGCAGCCCGUGACAAGCGAGGAAGUAGGGAAGAUCAAUCAGCUUGGGUACAAUCCUGCCGUUGAAGCAAAGGGAUUCACGGCUGAACAAGCGGCAAGGGUGCUCAGCAAGGAAAACCGCAGCGACUGGGCUAUGGGAGACACCCAAGAGAAGGUCCUAGCGCGUUUUUAA